UUGUCGGCGAGAAAAAAAUUGAAAUUUCGUUGAAAUUUUUGAUUGUCUCAUUAAUUAAAAUAAAUAAAUAAUAUUUUUAUUUUAGAUCCAAAUAUUCAAUAAUGCGGGUAUCUUGCAAUAGAUCUAACCCGCCUUUAGGUGGUUUGAUGGCUACGGAGUUUUACAGAUCGUCGGCAAAAGAAAUAAACAUCGUUUGGGAGAACGACUCAGUUAUUAUUCUUCCAAAUUCCACCAAACCAGUGCCAUUUGGGACUAGCAAUGAUUUGAUUAGAAUUCUUGAAAAUGCCUUUAACAAGUCUGUGAGUCCACUUGAGAAAGUCACAAUGAAUCAUUGGUUGUCUUUCAGUCUUAUAUUGGAAGAUGAAAUACCCAAGUCUGUUGAGUAUUUAGACAAAACACUAGGGCCACUAACCUAUUUGGUUGGUGAAACUUUAUCUGUAUCAGACUUUGCGGUCUUCAGUGUUCUUUAUGUAUCAACUAAAUUCAAAGAAAUUUCAAAAUUGAUUCCUUCUCAAAACAUAAGACGCUGGAUGAAAUUGGUAGAAGCUCAACCGCAAGUCCAAACAGUUAUAAAGGCUCUGCCGUCUGAUGCCCUUGACAAACUUACCAAAGUUUCCUCCAGGAAAUCACCACCAACAAAUGCUGAAUCAGGAGGUAGACAACAGGAAGGAAAGUUCAUUGAACUCCCUCAUGCUGAAAUGGGAAAAGUUGUUGUAAGAUUUCCACCUGAAGCUUCAGGAUAUCUUCAUAUUGGUCAUGCAAAAGCAGCUCUUCUUAAUCAAUAUUACCAGCAAGCCUUUCAUGGCAAAUUGGUCAUGAGAUUUGAUGACACAAAUCCAGCUAAAGAAAAUGCAGAUUUUGAAAAGGUGAUUUUAGAGGAUGUAGCAAUGCUCGAAAUAAAACCAGAUAUGUUCACACACACGUCCCAAUACUUUGAUUUAAUGAUGGAGUAUUGUGAGAAACUCAUCCGGGAAAACAAAGCUUUUGUGGAUGAUACUCCUGCUGAACAAAUGAAAACCGAGAGAGAACAGAAAAUUGAAAGCAAAAAUAGAAACAAUUCCGUAGAAAGGAAUCUUCAACUGUGGGAAGAGAUGAAGAAAGGCAGUAAUAUUGGUGUCCAAUGUUGUAUACGAGCUAAAAUAGACAUGCAGUCAGCAAAUGGUUGCCUGCGUGAUCCCACCAUUUACAGGUGCAAGCCUGAAGAACACCCAAGAACUGGCACACAAUAUAAAGUUUAUCCGACCUACGACUUCGCGUGUCCAAUCGUGGAUUCCAUAGAAGGGGUAACUCACGUCCUGCGAACGAUGGAGUAUCACGAUCGAGACCCGCAGUUCUACUGGUUCAUAGAGGCACUUGGUAUUAGAAAACCUUAUAUUUGGGAGUAUAGUAGAUUGAGUAUGACAAACACUGUACUGUCGAAAAGGAAACUGACUUGGUUUGUGGAACAAGGACUUGUAGAUGGAUGGGAUGACCCUCGUAUGCCAACAGUACGUGGAGUGCUGCGACGCGGCAUGACUGUGGAAGCGCUACGUCAGUUUAUUCACGCUCAAGGCUCCAGCAGGUCCGUGGUGUUCAUGGAAUGGGAUAAAAUUUGGGCAAUCAAUAAGAAGGUCAUAGAUCCGGUGGCUCCUCGCUACACAGCAUUAGAAACGAACCCUGUUCCUGUGAAUCUCAAGGGUGUCACGAGCGAUAGCAGCUUAACUGUACCCCUGCAUCCUAAAAAUCCAGAUGUUGGUACAAAAACUAUAUGGGUGGCUCCCAGAUUACUAAUAGACCAGGCCGAUGCGAAGACCUUGAAAGAAGGAGAAAACGCCACGUUUAUUAACUAUGGCAAUGUUACCAUCGAUAAGAUUCACAGAUCAAAGGAUGGUACAGUAACAAGUAUAGAUGGAACACCGAAUCUCGAUAAUAAAGACUACAAAAAGACCGUCAAGUUGACUUGGCUCGCUGAGAGCAAACAAUCACCAAUGGUCGAGACCUAUUGUGUUUACUUCGAUCAUAUCAUAUCUAAAGCAGUGCUGGGCAAAGAUGAGGACUUCAAGCAGUAUAUCGGCCAUCAGACUAGGUGGGAAAUUCCGAUGGUCGGCGAGCCGGAGCUGGCCAACGCGAAGGUUGGGGACAUAGUGCAGCUGCAGCGGCGCGGGUUCUUCCGCGUGGACGUGGCCAGCGCGCCCCCCUCCCCGCACACCAGCCGCCCCGCCCCGCUGCUGCUGUUCCACGUUCCCGACGGACACACUAAAGAAAUGCCCGGACAGCCGAAACCAGCUCAGAGCGUACAAGCAAGCAAGCCGGUGGCCGCGGCGCCGACUCCAACCUCGUCAGAUUUGUACGACCAGAUCACAAAACAGGGAGAUCUGGUGAGAUCUCUCAAAGCUGCUAAAGCCGAAAAGACAAAAGUUGACGAAGCUGUCAAAGUGCUUUUAGAAUUAAAGGCAAAAUAUAAAACGGCCACGGGACAAGACUGGAAGCCAGGUACCGCAGCACCAGCACCAGCACCUUCCGCAUCUCCCUCCGGUGACGCAGCGUCGCUAGACCAGCAGAUCACGAAGCAAGGCGACUUAGUUCGUUCCCUGAAAACGUCUAAGGCCGAAAAAUCGAAAAUUGACGCGGCUGUCAAGGCAUUGCUGGAACUCAAAGCCAAAUACAAGGCUGCCACUGGACAAGAUUGGAAGCCAGGAUCCGCGCCUGCAGCAAUGGCUACCCCCGCAUCGUCCAAUGACGUCACCGCCCUCGAUCGUGACGUCACCGCGCAGGGAGACUUGGUGCGCUCGCUAAAAGCUUCUAAAGCCGACAAGGCCAAGAUCGACGAGGCCGUCAAGCAACUCCUGGACUUGAAGGCGAAGUACAAGGCUGCUGCCGGACAAGACUGGAAACCGGGAGCGAAACCAGCGCCGUCGCAGCAAGCUGCUCCGCCGGCGGCCGAUCCGAACGUAGCGGAACUCGCGUCGCAAAUCGAAGCCCAAGGUGACAAAGUUCGGAGGAUCAAAAGCGAAAAAGCCGAUAAAUCAGUCGUCGACGUCGAAGUCAAAAAUCUGUUGAACCUCAAAGCUCAAUACAAAGCAAUGACUGGAAGCGACUGGGCGCCGAAACCUAAUCAAGCAAAAAGCAAUCAGGCGAGCGCUAAACCGACCCCGGCUGCUAAGGUACCGAAGGCGCAACCUGCUAAACCUGUAAAGGAGGAAUCUUCAAGCGGAGUCAAGAAGGUCACGAGACUGGGGCUGGAGGCCAGCAAGGAGACUGAUCUAUCCGAAUGGUAUUCGCAAGUCAUCACGAAAUCGGAAAUGAUAGACUACUACGACAUAUCCGGUUGCUACAUACUGCGGCCGUGGUCGUUCAGUAUAUGGGACACGAUAAGGCACUUCCUCAGUGCCGAAUUCCGGAAGCUCGGAGUUAAAGACGGAUACUUUCCUAUAUUCGUAUCGAAGGCGGCGCUAGAGCGAGAGAAGACGCACAUCGCGGACUUCGCGCCGGAAGUGGCGUGGGUGACGCACUCGGGCUCGUCCGAGCUCGCUGAGCCUAUCGCCGUGCGCCCCACCUCCGAGACCGUCAUGUACCCCGCCUACGCCAAGUGGAUCCAGAGCCACAGGGACCUGCCGCUCAAACUCAACCAGUGGAACAACGUCGUUAGAUGGGAGUUCAAACAACCGCAACCUUUCCUGAGGACGCGCGAGUUCCUCUGGCAGGAAGGACACACUGCUUUCCGGACCAAAGAGGAGGCGGCCGAAGAGGUCUUAAUUAUAUUAGAUUUAUAUGCUCGCGUAUACGAAGAGUUGCUAGCGAUACCGGUGAUCAAAGGCCGUAAAACUGAGAAGGAGAAGUUUGCUGGCGGCGACUACACCACCACGGUCGAAGCUUACGUACCGGCUAGCGGCAGAGGCGUUCAGGGAGCGACGAGUCAUCACCUAGGUCAAAACUUUUCUAAGAUGUUCGAGAUUGUAUACGACGAUGCCGAAACUCUGGAGAAGAAUUACGUCUAUCAGAAUUCGUGGGGCAUCACAACUAGAACUAUUGGUGUAAUGGUGUUGGUUCAUGGAGACGACAAGGGCCUAGUGCUGCCCCCCCGCGUCGCCGAGAUACAGGCGGUGGUGGUGCCGUGCGGCAUAACGGCGUCCAGCUCGGCGGACGAGCGCCAGGCGCUGAUGGACUCCUGCAAGGCGCUAGUCGACGACCUGCUCGCCGCUGGAGUGAGGGCCGAAGGCGACUACAGGGAUAACUAUUCGCCUGGCUGGAAGUUUAACCACUGGGAGUUGAAGGGGGUUCCAGUAAGAGUUGAAUUAGGUCCCAAGGAUAUAGCAAAGGGUACAGUUGUAGCAGUACAGCGUCUCACCGGUGAUAAGAUGGUCUUCAAACGUGAUUCUGUUGCAAAAGACAUUGUUGAACUCCUUGAUAAAACACAUGCGCAAAUGUUUGAAAGAGCAACGAAAGAUCGAGAUGCUCGGUUAUCAUCUGUUACUAAAUGGGAAGAUUUCACAGCUGCUCUUGAAGAAAAAAACAUUUUACUUGCACCAUUUUGUGGAGAGAUAUCGUGUGAAGAUAACAUUAAGAACGACAGUGCAAGGACAGAAGACGACCCUAACGUUGAUGUCAAGGCACCAGCCAUGGGUGCGAAAUCACUUUGCAUACCAUUUGAACCUCCAAGACAAUUAUCUGAAUCUGACCGCUGCAUACACCCGGCUUGUAAAAAUAAGCCCAAAUUCAUUACAUUAUUUGGAAGAAGUUACUGAAUAUAACAGUGGCAUUUAUGAAUCAUUGUUUUUAAGUAAAGCGUUUCACAAAAAAGAUAAAAUAUAAUUUAUUUCAAUA